UUCGAGCAAUCAGACACCGGCGGAAGCCAACGCCCUCACGGUAGGCGGUUUAUCUGGGUUGACGAUCGACUACCUCAAGGGACUGGUCACGGGUCUCCUGCGAGCCGUGUACGAACGUGAUUCGCGGCGAAAAUUCCUCCCCAAGGAUCACUGGCUCAUGAUCGACCGGUUUGAUAUGACGACAUUUAUUCCUGGUGUCGUCGCGGAAGAAGAAUCGCGACAUCAAGUGCAGGAGCAAGAUGACGAGGACAAGGACGAAGAGAAGUAAGUCUGGCUGGGAUGGCAAGCUGAGAGUGAACAAACAAGCCACUCUGGCGAACCCCGAAGCGCUCAGUGAUCCUGAUUAUUCGGACGAGGAUGCACCUCCGGUUGAUCAAAUCGAUGCAGACGAAGAUUUGCUGGAAGGGGAGGAUCCUGAUGUUGAGGAAAUCGAUGUGCAACACUCCCGUGUCUCCUCCAUGGCCUCACUACAUCUCGAACGAUUCAAGAAACUGCAACGAAUUUGCCUUCGCCAGAACCAAAUCCAGAAAAUCGAGCUGCCGGAUACGUGUGCAUCCACAUUGGAAGAGUUGGAGCUAUACGACAACCUCUUGAAGCAUAUUGAAGGACUGGAGCCAUUCACAUCUCUCACAACGCUCGAUCUCAGCUACAACAAGCUGAAGCAUAUCAAGCACGUGGAAACGUUGAAGAAGCUACACCAUAUAUACUUCGUGCAGAACCGCAUCUCAAAGAUUGAGAAUUUGGAAGAGUUGACGAACCUCACAUAUCUGGAGCUGGGAGCGAACAGAAUACGAGAGAUUGAGGGACUCGAGACGCUCACAAAGUUGGAGUCGCUGUGGCUGGGACAGAACAAGAUCACGGAAUUGAAGGGAUUGAGCACUCUGACCAACCUACGGACACUGAGCAUUCAGGCAAAUCGACUCACCUCGCUCGACGGCAUUGAGACAAUACCGCAGUUGACGGAGUUAUACGUCAGCGACAACAAGAUUACAUCUCUCGAGCCGCUCAAGAACAACACCAAGCUCGAGAUUCUCGACUUUCAAACCAAUCCCAUCAAGGAUCUGAAAGGACUGGAGGAGUUGAACGAUUUGGAGAACGUCUGGGCGUCAAACUGUCAGAUCGACAGCUUCCACGAAGUGGAGCGAGUGUUGAAGAACAAGGAGAAGUUGGAAGAGGUCUACCUGGAAGGCAACCCGAUACAACGACAGAAUCCGGUCUUGUACCGCAACAAGGUCCGACUGGCUUUGCCACAGAUUACGAAGAUUGAUGCUGGUGAGUCGACUUGUCUACGUGCAUGA